AUGGCAUGUGUAAAUACUUCUAACGAUGAAAACAUAACUUAUGAUUCUGAUGAAGUUCAUGAAAUGUUUUGCGAGCAGUGUGAUAACCAUGGUGUGUACGCGACCGCUGGUGGAUUUUGUGUAGACUGUCUAGAAUACAUGUGUGAUAUGUGUAUGGUGUACCAUAAAAGAUACCUGCCCGGUCACACACAAGAGGAUAGAUACACCAUGCCUCAGGAUUUCUGUCUCGACAAAUGUGACAGUCAUCAAAAUAAGGUGAUCAAAUUUUACUGUCAAAAAUGUGAUAAAUUUGCUUGUACUAAAUGCAAAGAAGAAGAACAUACAACUUGCAAUCUGGGUCAUAUUCCCUCCCUUAUACAUGGCAACACUCUUGACGUCAACACUGAACUGACUGGUUUAUUGGAAAAGAUUGAUAACAUGUCCACGAUGUUAGAUGAAACAAAAAUGCAAAUUGACCAAAACGUUUCGAAAGUUCUUUGCCAAGGAAAUGACGAAAAAUCAAAACUUCAGCAGGAAAUUGUUGAAAAGAAAAAGAAUUUCCGGAGAAAAACAGAAGAUGUUAUUAAUAUGUUUGACAGAAAAAUGAAUGAGACUAUUGCAAAGCUUAGAAAAGAAAGGCAAGAAAAAAUGGAAUGGCUAGCUGAGCAGAAUAGAAUAUUUGAUAGAAAACUUAGUGAAGGAGUGAAAACAGUGGAAUUUGAAAUAGAAAAGUAUGUAGAAGCUGAUCAAGCAAAGUUAGAUGACCUGUAUGAAGAAUGUAAGGAAAUAAAAGAUGAUUUAAAAUCGUUUAGAUAUAGUCUCGUGCUGAAACAGAAAAUUGGUCAGAAAAGCAGUCUUUUUGUAACAACAAAAAAUAUGCAAACAGACGUUGCAAAAUGCCAACAAAAGAUAACAUCUUUAAUUUCUAAAAAUGCAACUAGUGACUAUGAAAUUCAAUCCGAGGACGUUUCUUUGCCAUUAGAACCUACUCGUUUGACACAGGGUUUGCAUACCUUUAAUAAAAUUGUCAAAUCAACAGAUAUGAAGGUAGCCAUUAUCAACCCAAAUACAAGUUUAAAACUACCAUUGGGAGAAAAGUCCGAAGCCAGUACAUUUUCAAGUUUAUGCGUACUCAGUGAAAAUAAACUAUUAGUUGCAAAUUAUAAGCAUCCACAGCUUUUUGUUUUCAAAGAUUUGACUGAAAGUACACCUGCAAAUGUUUUAAGUCUGUCUUCGAAUCCAUGGGAAAUUACAAAAAUUACAACUGAUCAAAUUGCAGUCACAUUCCCGGAUGUUAGCUAUAUUCUGUUUAUCACCUUUUCUGCCGAAAACAUGGAGUUACAACACUCUAAUGGCUUAAGCGUAAGAGGAAAAUGCUAUGGCAUAGCUUGCAACGGAGAACAUUUCUUUGUAUCUUUCAUUGACCCUACAGAAAUAAGAGUUAUAACCUUCAAAGGGGAUGUUAUAAAACGUCUUUUUACACCAUCAGAUGGAGGAAUUUCAUUAAUUUCUCCCCUCUUUUUAACAUUAAACGCAAAACAUUCCACUGUGUAUAUAUCCGACCGCACCGCUAAUACAGUAACAUGCAUGACAUUUGACGGAAAGAUCAAGGCCAUCUACAAGGAUGAUCAACUGAAGAACCCAUUACAUAUGGCAGUGGACGGAAAUGGAUCAGUUUACGUAUGUGGACGACAGUCGAAUAAUAUUCACCGGUUGUCUUCUGAUUUGAAGAAAGAACUGAUACUUCUCGACAGACAUGAAAUUAACAGACCAGUCAGUGUUGCAUAUUGCACGAAAAGAAACACACUUUAUGUAGGAAUGAAAAACGGGAAUGCUAUCAAAUGCUUUAACAUAAAGGCAAUCAAAAAUUGUUAA